UAAUGAUGUGUCAAGUGCAUCUUUCGUUGUACACUUCUAAAAAUGUUCAUCCUUCCUCAUUUGAUUUAGUCCACUGAGGAUAACGCAAUGAAGAAACUGCUAGCUGCUCUGUUUAUUCCAUUGUAUGUGUCAGCAAUAAGUGCUUGUAAAGGCGUUCAAGAGAUACUUCUCCAGCCUUAUAUCGGGGAAAUGGUCGCUUAUCCAGAAAACUUUCCUAUAAAUGAAGGAUACGAAGCAAAAUUGAACUGCUCCUGGAAAAUCAGCACGGUGCCUGGAUAUGAGAUUGUGUUUUAUCCUAAGUGGAAGUGCAAUGAGGAUAUGUUUUUAAGUCUAUAUUACGAUGCAUCAGGUACAACAAACAGAGAUAGUUGUGUCAGCUGUUCCAAAUUAUCAGAAGACUGUAGCAAAAUCAUACAAACUGGAUCAUCGGGAAUUCAUCUGAACUUUAGAACAGUGACUUCAUAUAAGUACGGUGGCUUCCAGUUUCGCUUCAUGUCUGUUGAAAAGAAGAAAAGUUCACUAAAUGUCUGUGCUUUUACAAAUAAGACGCUACUCGCAGAAGCAACACCUAAAUACAUCACAUCUCCAGGGUUCCCAGCGGAAUAUCCAAGAAAUUUACGAUGCUCAUGGACAGUGGAAGCUGCUGUUAAGAAGAAGGACAUUCAAUUGGUUUUGGAGUUCCGUUCUAUGUAUUUAGAAGAUGAUGGCAGUGGCUGCUCUGAUUACAUAAGGAUAGAUGGUCUAGAGCUUUGUGAGGAAUCAGAGAAAAAUAUUCUACAGACAUCCAACAAAAUAAUACUGAAUGGUUCUUCAACAGAGAUGCAGUUUGUAAGUGACAUAGGCUUUGGAGGCAGCGGCUUUCUUUUGGCCUUUUACAUUCAAGAAAAAAUGCGAAAAUGCCCAUGUCAACACGGGGGUACAUGCUUGAAUUCCACAUGUGUUUGUCUGCAUGGUUAUAAAGGCGAUAAUUGUGAAAAUGAAUCCUUAGAAGUUCUCUCCUUCAAAGCCAACAAUGUAUUAUUGCGUGAAGGAAAAUCUGUCAAUUUCGAACUGGAGCUAAUAGACGACAGCAUCCCCAGUGCACAAUGGUUUCGCAAUGGAAUUGGAGUAACCAGCGCUUCUUUGAGAUACCUUAGAAAUUCUAUUAUAACAGCCAAUGGGUUAUUUUCCUAUUGGUUAAACAUAUCCAAUGUUUUGCAACGAGAUGAAGGAAAUUGGACAGUCGAAGCAUCAAAUGCUGUAACGACAGCAUAUAGGAGUAUCCGUAUAAGAGUUCUCCCUAAACUUUUGCUGCAGAUGACACCGCAGUAUGACUUUUCAAUUCAAACCGGAGAAAUAAUAUACCUUCAAUGUACUGUCUUAAAUCCUGAAUCUCUGAAUUCUUUAACAAACGGAAAUUUAAUAUGGCAGAAAAACGGAAAGAAUAUCAGAACAGACACAGAUUUUGGAAUCAAUGUGGGUAGAACUAACAUAAGUUCAACAUUAAGAAAGACAUCAGCAAGACUUGAUGAUUCUGGAACUUAUUUGUGCUCAUACUCUUCUUAUCCUGAGCCUACAAAUGUUUCCAUCACUGUGAAGGUAACAAAACCAGAUCAAGUGAGAUGUCCAGGUGGGAUGUUUGAAAACAUAAUAUGGAAUGCAACAGUCGCAGGAACAACUAAAACAGAAUCAUGUCCACCAAAUCAAAAAGGAACAGCAACCAGAUAUUGUGACACUCAGGGUGUAUGGGAUGUCCCUGAUCUGAUAAGUUGUGCUGAUGUAGCUCUUGUGAACGCUUCCAAACAGCUGGACAUUUUGUUAGAAGACGGAGUUAAUAACACUGAGGAAAUACAGAAAACUGUGGACAACACUUUAUUGACAAUGAAAAACCUGACCUCCAGGACGGCCAAUCUGAGUACGUUUUUUGAGGUGGUAGACAAGGUUUUAUCAAUCGACAAUGCGAAAUCAUGGACUGACGUACAAGAAAAGACGGAGAAAGAUGCUAGUUUCCUAUUGAAGAACAUGGAUAGACUCAGUGAAGUAAUCAUGAAAAAUGAAAACGUAACACCAACAAAUUUCACUGGCAUAAAUUUUGAGGUGACCAUUGAUCAAACGAAUAUACACGAUUCAGGGAUAAUUUUUCCGUAUGAUUUGUCAAACGAUACAUCAAGUUCAAUGGAUGAAUAUGCUACCUUUUUUGAACUUCCGAAGCAGGCAAAAAGAUCCGAAAAAGCUAUAGCUUAUGUUGCUGUGUUAUAUAAAACUAUGUCGGAGUUUCUACACACGAGUUCAGAUCUAAAAAGAGAAGAUAAUUUGAUAAAAGGGAAAGCAAAUCGGAAAUCGAAGGAAGAUGAAGAUAUAAAUUCUGAAAUUUUGUCACUGACUACGCAGAGAGAUUUGGGGGAUCUUUUUCCUCCUCUAAAUCUGACCUUUAAACACCUCCACCAGAUCAAAAGCAGUAAACGUAAGGAAGUUUGUGUAUCUUGGAAUUAUACUGAAAACAAGUGGUCAUCCAAAGGCUGCAAAGUAGUUUCCUCCAAUAGCAGGAGAACAGUUUGUCAGUGUACACAUCUGACCAAUUUUGCCAUUCUGAUGAGACCAUAUACAUCAGAUAAGGAAGACAAAACCUCGCUUAAGACGUUAUCUCUCGUGGGAAUUAUCGUGUCCAUUGCUUUUACAGUUUUAACCGUAGUAAUCUACGCCAUGAUAUGGAAACAUAUAAAGAGUGAUCAAAAUGUCAUACUGUUAAAUCUCUGUGUAUCCUUGGUUUUAUCCUAUGUGAUAUUUAUCUCGGCUGUGGAAGAAACAAAUGAUGAGAACUUGUGCAUUGCAAUGACCGCCAUAAUCCAUUAUCUUUUCCUGGUGACCUUUUUCUGUAUGAUGGGGAUGGGAGUCUACUAUUUUAUGAGCAUAACCGUGACAUAUUACGCAAUGCAUGUGGCGAACAAUUUCAAGUCCAAAUCCAGAGUACAUUGGUUUCUUUUGGGAGGAUGGGGUAUUCCACUAAUCAUUGCGGUUUUAACUUUAGGAGCAUUCUGGGGAAAUAAUUAUCACGCCAAAAAUUAUUGUUGGCUCUCGAUGAAAAGUGGUUCCCUUCUUUUAUUUAUUGUCCCAGUUUGCAUCAUUGUCUUGAUAAAUUUACUUAUAAUUGUAUCUUUAAUGCGUGUCUUAUUUGCAACAUCUACAAUGAUCAAGUCAACACUUCAUAAAAAAGCUGUGUCAGGAUUAAGGUCUCUGGGUACACUUGUACCGGUAUUAGGAGUUACCUGGAUAUUUGGAAUCCUGGCUGUAAACGAGAACGCAGAAGUAUUCCAGUAUAUUUUCAUCAUCGCCAAUUGCUUACAGGGACUUUUCAUAUUUGUCUCACAUGUAGUAUUGAACAAAAAGGUAAGUUUUUGUUUUUUUUAUCCUUUAUUAAAGGUCCCAUGAGUGUUUUAAUGCAUU